AGAAGGGGACCUGCGGUGUCAGACAAAAAGAAGUGAGCGGCUGGUUGUUGUGGGUUCUCUGUGUCUGAGAAUAAAACUGUGACAUCUUCUUCAUCCUCGGACAUUAAACCUCUUGAACUUCCACAGUCGCACCAGGUUCUUGGGGCUGAGGAGGAAAUAAAGAGCCAAUCAUGAUAACAUCUGCCGCUGGAAUUAUUUCACUCCUUGAUGAGGAAGAGCCACAGCUCAAGGAGUUUGCUCUGCACAAGCUAGACUCCAUUGUGAAUGACUUCUGGGCUGAGAUUUCCGGAUCUGUAGAUAAAAUUGAGGUCUUGUAUGAGGAUGAGACGUUUCGGAGUCGAGCAUUCGCUGCCUUGGUGGCUUCUAAGGUUUUCUACCACCUGGGAGCCUUUGAGGAAUCUCUGAACUACGCUCUUGGUGCUGGUGAACUCUUCAAUGUCACAGACAACUCAGAAUAUGUUGAGACCAUCAUUGCCAAAUGCAUUGACCACUACACCAAGCUGCGGGUCGAGAAUGCUGAGCUGCCAGAGGACGAGGAGAAGAAAAGCAUUGAUCCCCGCCUCGAAGGGAUUGUCAACAAGAUGUUUCUGCGUUGCCUUGACGAUCACAAGUACAAGCAGGCCAUUGGCAUCGCCUUGGAGACCAGGCGCCUGGACAUGUUUGAGAAAACCAUCUUGGAUUCGAGCGAUGUGAGCGGGCUCCUUGCCUACAGCCUGAAAGUGUGCAUGUCGCUAAUGCAGAACAAGAAAUUCCGUAAUGAGGUGUUGCGCGUUCUGGUCAAGCUCUACAUGAACUUGGAGAAACCUGAUUUCAUCAAUGUCUGCCAGUGCCUGAUCUUCCUGGAUGACCCACAGGCUGUGAGUGACAUCCUGGAGAAGCUAGUGAAGGAGGACAACCUGCUGAUGGCCUAUCAGAUCUGCUUUGACCUGUACGAGAGCGCCAGUCAGCAGUUCCUCUCCUCUGUCAUCCAGAACCUAAGGACUGUUGGAACGCCGAUUCCCGCUGUACCUGGCUCUACAAAUACAGGGACUGUGCCCACACCUGACAAAGACAGUGAUGCAAUGGAAACAGAAGAAAAAGCUGGCAGCUCCCCCGCUGGAAAGCCAGUAGAAAUAAAAGAUGAGCCCAAAGACCAGAACGCCAAGAUGAUCAAAAUCCUCAGUGGGGAAAUGGCCAUUGAGCUGCAUUUGCAGUUUCUAAUUCGAAAUAACAAUACAGAUCUAAUGAUUCUCAAAAACACAAAGGAUGCAGUCCGAAAUUCCGUGUGCCACACAGCCACAGUAAUAGCCAACUCUUUCAUGCACACAGGAACAACAAGUGACCAGUUCCUCAGAGAAAACUUAGAAUGGCUUGCAAGAGCCACCAACUGGGCAAAGUUCACAGCAACAGCAAGUCUGGGUGUCAUCCACAAGGGCCAUGAGAAAGAGGCUCUCCAGUUAAUGGCCACGUACUUGCCCAAAGACACCUCCCCUGGCUCAGCCUACCAGGAAGGAGGGGGCCUGUACGCUCUGGGACUCAUUCAUGCCAAUCAUGGUGGUGACAUUAUUGACUACCUGCUCAGUCAGCUGAAGAACGCAAGCAAUGAUAUCGUCCGUCAUGGUGGUGCUCUUGGCCUUGGCUUGGCUGCUUUGGGCACAGCCAGACAGGAUGUUUACGACCUCCUCAAAUCCAACCUGUACCAGGAUGAUGCAGUUACUGGUGAAGCUGCAGGUCUGGCUCUGGGUCUCGUCAUGUUGGGCUCCAAGUCAGCCCAGGCCAUUGAGGACAUGGUCGGCUACGCUCAGGAAACACAGCAUGAGAAGAUCUUGCGUGGCCUGGCAGUGGGAAUCGCCAUGGUGAUGUAUGGACGUAUGGAGGAGGCUGAUGCCCUCAUUGAAAGCCUCUGCAGAGACAAGGACCCCAUCCUGCGGCGCUCUGGAAUGUACUCUGUGGGAAUGGCCUACUGCGGCUCUGGGAACAACAAGGCCAUUCGGCGUCUGCUACAUGUCGCGGUGAGUGACGUGAACGAUGACGUCAGAAGGGCUGCUGUCGAGUCCAUCGGCUUCAUCUUGUUCAGGACCCCAGAGCAGUGUCCCAGUGUGGUGUCACUGUUGUCUGAGAGCUACAACCCUCAUGUUCGCUGUGGAGCUGCCAUGGCUCUGGGCAUCUGCUGUGCUGGGACAGGCAACAAGGAGGCCAUCAACCUUCUGGAGCCUAUGACCAAUGACCCAGUUAAUUAUGUGAGGCAGGGGGCCCUGAUUUCCUCAGCCCUCAUCAUGAUUCAACAGUCUGAAGUCACUUGUCCCAAGGUGAACCAGUUCAGGCAGCUUUAUUCAAAGGUCAUCAACGACAAGCACGAUGACGUAAUGGCCAAGUUCGGCGCCAUCCUCGCCCAGGGAAUCCUCGAUGCAGGUGGACGUAACGUCACCAUCUCUCUGCAGUCCAGGACCGGUCACACUCACAUGCCGUCGGUGGUCGGCCUGCUGGUCUUCACCCAGUUCUGGUUCUGGUUCCCCCUCUCCCACUUCCUGUCAUUGGCCUUCACACCAACUGCUAUAAUCGGCCUUAACAAGGACCUCAAGAUGCCCAAGGUGCAGUACCGCUCCAACUGUAAGCCCUCCACCUUCGCCUACCCACCAGCCCUGGAAGUUCCAAAGGAGAAAGAGAAGGAGAAGGUAUCCACGGCUGUUCUCUCCAUCACGGCCAAAGCCAAGAAAAAGGAAAAGGAAAGAAAAGAAAAGGAGGAGGAGAAGAUGGAAGUGGAGGUCCAGGAAGGCGAGAAGGAGAAGAAGGAUGAAGAGAAGGAGAAAGAGAAGAAGAAGGAGGCAGAGCCAAAUUUCCAGCUCCUGGAGAAUCCGGCCAGAGCGAUGCCAGCUCAGCUCAAAGUCCUCAACAUGCCUGAGACCUGCCGGUACCAGCCCUUCAAACCGCUCCAUACAGGAGGCAUCAUCAUCAUGAAAGACACCAGCGAGGAGGAGGAGGAGCUGGUAGAGCCCGUCUCAGCCCACGGCCCAAAAAUCGAGGAGGAGGAGCAGGAGCCCGAGCCCCCCGAGCCCUUCGAGUACAUUGACGAGUAGAAAUCUUGUCACAGCAAAGGCAUCAGAAGAGGUGAGAUCUCAGCAUGUUGGUCCAGAGUCUCUCCUCCAUUCAUCCAUCUAGUUCACCACCUCCCUGCUUCACUUCCUCUUUUACACGUUUCUUUCUCCUGUGCCGGCUCCGUGUUUCCCACACAGGGAAUAUUUUACAUACUCCAAUUGUAUAAUUUUCAGUGCGUACAAUAAAAUGAUAUAUAUUGGA